AAUGAUUUGAUAGAAGAAACAAAACAAACAACAGAGAUAGAGAGAGCAGAAAGUGAAACUGCUUUCGAUCAAAAAAUGGGAAACUUCUAAGUUGUAACGCCAACGCUGCUGUGAUUUGGAUCGAAGGCAGCUCCUUCACUCUGAUUCAUCUCUUCGUCAAGUCCCAAGGUUACUAAAUUGACCUUGAGAGGGUUUGAACUGAAUCCAAAAGGUUUUACUUUUUUCGAGUUUGAUGGGGACAGGGAACUCUAAGGAGAAAUGGAGACAGCGCUCUUCAUCAUCGUUUACGUCAGCUUCAUCACCAUGGGCUUCUCAUCAAUCCUAUCCUCAGUAUCCUCCUCCACCUCCUGAGUGUGCACAACCUCAUUCACCUUCAUAUACUACUCAGCCUUACUCUCAGCCGCCGGCUUCUCAAAGUUAUGGCAAUGAUAAGAAGAGGCUGGAGCGCAAGUAUUCAAAAAUCUCCGAUGAUUACUCCUCUUUGGAGCAGGUGACAGAGGCUCUUGCUCAUGCGGGUCUAGAAUCUUCAAACCUCAUUGUCGGUAUUGAUUUCACUAAAAGCAACGAGUGGACAGGAGCCAGGUCUUUCAAUAGGAAAAGCCUACACUUCAUAGGCAACACUCCCAACCCUUAUGAGCAAGCCAUUGCUAUCAUAGGAAGAACCUUAGCCGCUUUCGACGAGGACAACUUGAUUCCAUGCUAUGGCUUUGGUGAUGCUUCAACACAUGAUCAAGAUGUGUUUAGUUUCAAUCCAGAGGAUAGGUUCUGUAAUGGGUUUGAGGAAGUGCUUGGUCGAUAUAAAGAGAUUGUGCCUCAGCUUAAGCUUGCAGGUCCCACCUCGUUUGCUCCGAUCAUUGAUAUGGCCAUGACCAUUGUUGAGCAGAGUGGUGGCCAGUAUCACGUCCUAGUGAUAAUAGCAGAUGGUCAGGUUACAAGAAGCGUUGACACUGAAAAUGGACAGUUAAGUCCGCAAGAACUCAAGACUGUGGAUGCUAUCGUGCAAGCGAGUAAGCUUCCUCUAUCAAUCGUCUUGGUCGGCGUUGGGGAUGGACCAUGGGACAUGAUGAGGGAGUUUGACGAUAAUAUUCCCGCCAGAGCUUUUGAUAACUUCCAAUUCGUCAACUUCACAGAGAUCAUGGCAAAGAACAAAGCUCAGUCCUUGAAAGAAACAGAGUUUGCUCUUUCUGCUCUCAUGGAGAUUCCUCAACAGUACAAGGCCACCUUAGAGCUUAGCCUUCUAGGAAGAAGAAACGGGAAGAUCGCGGAACGGUUCCCACUUCCACCUCCAAUGCAUGGUGGAGCAUCGUCCUACAAUAAGCCAAAGGCUAAUCGUGUUCCAAGUUUUAAACCGAGUGUACCUUCUUAUCCUACUGAAAGCUAUACUGUAAGGUCUAGUCCUGCGCCACCCGCUACAACCUCAGCUUCUGAUAACCGGAUAUGUCCGAUUUGUUUGAGCAAUCCUAAAGACAUGGCAUUUGGUUGUGGACAUCAGACUUGCUGCGACUGUGGACCUGAUCUUCAAGCGUGUCCAAUUUGCCGUGCACCGAUCCAGACAAGAAUUAAACUCUACUGACGAGUAGAGAUCAGAUCGACAACCCUUCUCUCUUGUUCAUCUUCUUACAAUAUAUUUUGGGAAUUUAGUUUGAUACAACUUACUGAGGUUUCUCCGAGAAUGAUCGGAUCUUUCAUGUAAAAAGAAUAUAUGUGUUAGUGUGUUCGUUGAUUCACUCUGCUUUUAGUAAAAAUUGCUGUUAUCAAUCAA